UUUUUUUUUUUUUUUUUGAAGAAGAGGAGCUCAGCAUAAGGGCACAGAACACGGAUAAGAGCAAGAAUUGCUUGUGGGAGCGUCAAAAGAAAUAUUUGUCUUUUAUAUGUCGCGUUAAGUAGGAGACAACAGGUAUUCAUCCAGUGACACUGUGAACCAAAAAAAGUAUGUCAGCCAGAGGAGGAAAAAAGAAGACCACCAAGCUGUCACGCUCAGCACGGGCUGGCGUUAUCUUUCCUGUAGGGAGGAUGAUGAGGUACUUACGCACAGGGACUCAUAAGUACCGCAUCGGUAUGGGAGCUCCUGUCUACAUGGCAGCUGUCAUUGAGUACCUGGCAGCUGAAAUUUUAGAACUAGCUGGUAAUGCGGCCAGAGACAACAAGAAAGGACGAAUUACUCCACGGCACAUCAAGCUAGCAGUGGCUAAUGAUGAAGAGCUUAACCAGCUACUCAGAGGGGUUACCAUAUCAAACGGUGGCGUCCUGCCUCGUAUCCACCCUGAGCUUCUCUCCAAGAAGAGAGGAGGGCGAGUGAAGGUGGACUCACAGAUGACAGCACCAGAAAAAACAGAUAAAGAAGUGAAGAGCAGCAAGAGGUCCUCCAAAAAGAGCAGAGGAAAACCAGGCCGUAAACCAAGGAAGAGUGCAGAGAACGACAAAGACGGAACCAACAGCACAAUGGAGGAUGGACCAGGAGAAGGAUUUACUGUUCUCGCAGCAAAGAGUUUGUUCCUUGGACAAAAGCUAUCUCUUGCAGAAAGUGACAUCGGCAAAAUUGGAACCAUUAAAGUUGAGGGAAUUAUUAAUCCCACAAAUGCAGAGAUUGAUUUGAAGGACGGAAUUGGUAAUGCACUGGAGAAAGCUGGAGGAAAAGAUUUCCUGGAAGCCGUAAAAGAAUUGCGGAAAACACAAGGCCCCUUGGAGGUUGCGUCAGUUGCAGUUAGCCAGGCCAGUGGGAUGGCAGCACGUUUCAUCAUCCACUGCAACGUCCCUCAGUGGGGCUCUGACAAGUGUGAAGAUCAGCUGGAGAAGACAGUGAAGAACUGCCUGUCUGCUGCGGAGGAGAAGAAGCUCAAAUCUGUAGCCUUCCCUUCUCUACCAACUGGAAGAAAUGGAUUCCCAAAGCAAACUGCAGCCCAGCUGAUACUGAAGGCCAUUUCAAACCAUUUUGUUUCAGCAACCACGUCCUCUCUGAAGAACAUUUACUUUGUGAUGUUUGACAGUGAGAGCAUUGGAAUUUAUCUGCAGGAAAUGACCAAGAUGGAUGUCAAGUGAUGAUUGCACAAUGGCUUUUUUGUUGGUAGUUUGCAUAGCUCGGAUGCUAGUCUGUUUUAUCUGGUGAGUUCUGUGUAGGCCAUUUUUUUUAUGGAAAACUGAACUGACGGAUGUUAGCAUCCAGGCUAACAGCAGAAUUUCGGCUCGUUUUCCAGCUGACGUGCUGUUUGACUAAAGAUGCUGUAGUUAUUUGGAUAUCAGAACAAAUUUGGAAGGUAUAUAAAAAGGGUAUUUGUGAGUGACGUACUAUAUGCGUUUAUGUUACACUGUUACCUUCAUGACACUCAUUUAGAGUAGGCCAAGAUCAUUUGUUCCAUUUUUGUUCUUAGACUGAGCUUGUUUUAACAUUCCUUGUUGUAUAAAGAUUUUAAUCACUGUUUUUCAGCUAGAGGUCCUGUGUAGUUUCUGAUACAGUUAGUUUAUUAAGGGAAAAAUGUGUUUGUCAUUUUGAUUUGAAAUAAAACAGAUGUUUUACACUGUA